GCAAAGGAUCCCUUCCAUUGAAAUUAAAAUAGAAACUACAAGAUGAGUACCGAGGUAGCUACAAGACCUUUGAUGGAGAACAACAGUGCCCUCCAGACAGCACUGGAGCUAUCAAUGCUCAAUCUAACCAAUUCUCCUCUGCCUGGCGGAGUAGGCGAUGGUACAGCUGAGGGAGCUAAUGGUGGAUACAUUGUACCAGGAGGAACUAUGGCGGAGGGUCUUGUUGACUGUCCACUCUCCCGUGCCAUUCCUCGCUCUCUAAACGUCACUCACUGUGUGGCUGUACCUAGCUCUGAACAUGUAGCUGAGAUCGUUGGCAGGCAAGGUUGUAAGAUAAAAGCACUCCGUGCGAAGACCAAUACUUACAUCAAGACUCCGGUUCGAGGAGAAGAGCCUGUUUUUGUCAUUACUGGACGACCUGAGGACGUUUCUUCUGCUAAGAGAGAAGUCCUCGCCGCCGCUGACCAUUUUACUCAAAUCAGAGCAGCUAAGACCAAUCCUGCGAGGUCUCCAUCUUCAUCUCCAUCAGUCUCUGGCGGCUCUCCCGAAUCCGCUACCACUAAUGGCGGCCCUGCAGGCACUGCUCCUGAUAAGGUUGCAGUCUAUGUCAAAGUCCCGUAUCGUGUUGUUGGUCUGGUUGUUGGUCCUAAAGGUGCUACCAUUAAACGUAUCCAGCAGAUCACAAAUACUCACAUAGUAACGCCUUCACGCGAUAAGGAGCCUUGCUUCGAGGUCUCAGGCAAACCAGAGGACGUGGAGAGAGCAAAGAAAGAGAUUGAGAGCUACAUAGCCAUGAGGACUGGAGGCUGCCAUGAUUCAGACAGCGACACUGAAGUGUAUGGCUCCAUAAUGUCUCCAUCUAUUGAUAAUACUGCUAGUCCACUCACUCCACCUACAUCUUCUCUCACUCGUAAACUCUCCGAGUCGAGCGCCAGUAAACUAAUGCAGCAGUUCUCCCCACGCUCCUCAGCCAGUCCCCCUGCUCCGACUACCAGCGGACCGGUCUACGGUGUCGAGAUACUGGACAACGGUUACACGACUUCGUCACAGUGGAUCGAACCGGCAACCAGAUCUCCGCUAUCAAGUGCAGUUUUUGGCGGUAACAUCAAAGAUGCUUUCAGUCGCUCAAACUCCUUUAAUUCGUCUGAAGGAGGCCCUUUCUCCUUUGGUACUCCACCUUUAUCUGCUCCUGUCUCCGUCCCUAAUAAUAAAAUGUUUGAUUUCACCGCUUUCCGCGAGAUUCUAAAAGAAGACCCGCCCAGCCCAACUUAUUCCUGCAGCUCCAACUCGUCCGAUGGAUUAGGUGUUACUAGUCCUAAAUUACCCAUUAAGCACAGUGUCAUGACUUCAAGGAUUUGUUGUGUCUGCCAUGAUAAAGAAGUCGUUGCUGCUCUUGUCCCUUGUGGUCAUAAUCUCUUUUGUGCUUCUUGUGCUCACAUCUCAGCAGUCCUCUCUGGAUCCUGUCCAGUUUGUGCUACUCCAGUCAAGUCAAUGUUGAGGCUUCACUAACAAUGAGAGACAUUAAUAUCAACCUCCUUCCUUCCUUCAUUCCUAUAUCCAGACAGCAUUUAAAGGUAUACGUUUUUCUUUCUCUUGUUAUUGUUUGUUCGCCUCUUUAUUGUAUGAAAGCUUUGAUAUGUAUCCAUCUAUCCAUACCCAUCUCAUUCUCUCUCUUCUCUCUCAAUUCUGUGUCGUUCUCAAUGUGUAUGUGUAAUAUAUACUGAUACAUGACUAUUGGCUUAUUCCACAUUUGGCUACAUUAAUAUGACUUGUUAUAUGAUCCUCUCUCUCUCUUCUCUCGCUGUACAAGGAACACAAAUAUUAUUAUCCACAUUAUUACUAAAAGAUGUUUAAAAGCUUAUAAUUUGUAUAUUAUUAACCACUAGAUUUCCCACAGAUUAUAUUAUUAUUAUCAUCAUAAAAAACAAUUUAAACAAUCUUCCUUUCUCAGACCUUCACUUUUGCUUGUAUUAUAUAUAUAUAUAUCGCUCUUUUUCAAGCAAUCUUUUUUUUCUUUAUUAUUAUUAUUAUGGUAUUAUAAAUGAUUUUUUUGUCUUUUUCUUACAUUUUCUCUAUCUCUCCAAUAAUAUGAUUUUAUUGUAUAUAGAAAUUUAUAUAUCGUUGUCAUAAUAUCAAUUAUUAUUAUUAUUUUAGCAUAGGUUUAUUAAUCCUGAUGUGUAUGAUAUAUUAUUAUUAUUCUUAAAAAUGAAAAAUUUCAAUUUCAA